CGAGGACGAACUGCCUCGCGCUCCGUCUGGUGUGCUGGCCAAUUGAACAACACAAGAUCCCCAUCUUCCCCAGGUUACCCUCCGACGGAACCACCCAUCCACUGUCCGUCGCCCCUCCCUGUCAGCCCCGAAGAAAACACAAGAGGACGCAAGAGACAAUGAACGGCGCAGCCCCGCGCUUCUGGGCCGGCCCCCUCCGCUACUGGCGCUGGGCCGCUCGCGAGCGCCCCGCCUUCUUCUGGUCCGUCGUCAUCGGCGCCCUGGGCCCCGUGACCCUCGCCGUCGUCCCGCCCAUCCGCCGCGCCCUGGGCGACGAGGACGCCGCUCCCAUCCCCCUGACUUAUCCGGUACCCACCGGGCCAAGGAAGACGUUGACCGGAUAUGACGAUGACACCGAGAAGGAUUAAAUUAAGAAGGGGGAGCCAGAGUCGGUGUUUCGAAGUGUGGUCAGGAGACGAAAUAGGUGGUCAAGCUCGAGCUUGCGCGUGUGUAUGCGCACAACCGAGACGGUAGAAGGCGGCUGGAAAAUCUGUACAUAACGGCAUCAGGAGCGGCAGGGGGGUAAAAGAGAGAGAGAGGGGACGCGUGUAUAGGUUAACACGGACGUGGACUCGGAGGCUGCCACAAAGAAGGCACGUCCAUGAGAGACAAAAAAUGCAUCCAGUUCUACCUUUACCUAACGCUGUUCGACCAAGGGAUGAAAUAAAACGACAUCCGCAUCCAUGCUGUUUAUCAACCACC